UUCUUCCCCGGAAGUUUGCCUUCAUUCCUCGGUGGAAGUCACGUCAGGCUGUCAACAUGUAAGAUGGCGGCUCAUCACAGGCAGAAUGCCGCUGGGCGGAGGAAAGUCCAGGUGUCGUACGUCAUACGGGACGAGGUGGAGAAGUACAAUCGGAACGGGGUGAAUGCCCUGCAGCUGGACCCUGCCCUGAACCGGCUCUUUACCGCAGGGAGAGACUCCAUCAUCCGGAUAUGGAGCGUCAACCAGCACAGGCAAGAUCCAUACAUAGCAUCAAUGGAACACCACACGGACUGGGCCAACGACAUUGUGCUGUGUUGCAAUGGAAAGACAUUGAUAUCUGCCUCAUCAGAUACCACUGUGAAAGUCUGGAAUGCACACAAGGGAUUCUGCAUGUCUACGCUGCGAACGCACAAGGACUAUGUGAAAGCCCUGGCAUAUGCAAAAGACAAGGAGCUGGUGGCCUCAGCUGGGCUGGACAGACAGAUCUUCCUAUGGGAUGUAAAUACAUUAACGGCACUGACGGCCUCGAACAACACAGUCACCACUUCCUCGCUGAGUGGGAACAAGGAUUCCAUCUACAGCCUGGCUAUGAAUCAAAUGGGAACAGUAAUUGUGUCUGGGUCCACAGAAAAGGUGCUGAGAGUCUGGGACCCUCGGACCUGUGCAAAACUAAUGAAGCUGAAAGGACACACGGACAAUGUCAAAUCGUUAUUAUUAAACAGGGAUGGCACACAGUGCCUGUCGGGCAGCUCAGACGGGACGAUCCGCCUGUGGUCCCUGGGCCAGCAGCGGUGCAUCGCCACGUACCGCGUCCACGACGAGGGCGUGUGGGCCCUGCAGGCCAACGAGGCCUUCACACACGUCUACUCCGGCGGCCGCGACCGCAAGAUCUACUGCACCGACCUGCGCAGCCCCGACAUCCGCGUGCUCAUCUGCGAGGAGAAGGCCCCUGUCCUCAAGAUGGAGCUAGACAGAUCAGCUGACCCUCCCCCGGCCAUCUGGGUCUCCACCACCAAAUCCUCUGUUAACAAGUGGUCCCUGAAGGGCAUUCACAAUUUCCGGUCAUCGGGUGAUUAUGACAACGACAACAGCGCGCCCGUGACCCCCCUGUGCUCACAGCCCGAACACGUGAUUAAAGGGGGAGCCAGCAUAAUCCAGUGCCACAUUCUGAACGACAAGAGACACAUUCUUACCAAAGAUACAAACAAGAAUGUGGCGUACUGGGACGUGCUGAAGGCGUGCAGAGGCGAAGACCUGGGGAAGGUGGAGUUUGACGAAGAGAUAAAAAAGCGCUUCAAGAUGGUCUAUGUGCCAAACUGGUUCUCUGUAGAUCUGAAAACUGGGAUGCUGACAAUCACUUUGGAUGAGAGCGACUGUUUUGCUGCCUGGGUAUCGGCCAAAGAUGCUGGGUUCAGCAGUCCAGAUGGGUCGGACCCAAAGUUGAACCUGGGAGGCCUACUGCUCCAGGCUUUGCUGGAGUACUGGCCCAGGACACACAUCAACCCUUUGGAUGAAGAGGAGAACGAGGUCAACCACGUGAACGGAGACCAGGAGAACAGGAUUCAGAAGGGGAACGGUUAUUUCCAGGUGCCCCCGCACACCCCCGUCAUUUUUGGAGAGGCGGGAGGGAGGACACUGUUUAGGUUGCUGUGCCGGGACUCUGGUGGAGAGACAGAGUCCAUGCUGCUCAAUGAGACGGUUCCUCAGUGGGUGAUCGACAUCACUGUGGAUAAAAACAUGCCUAAAUUUAACAAAAUCCCAUUCUACCUCCAGCCUCACUCGUCUUCCGGAGCAAAAACACUAAAGAAGGACCGCCUCUCGGCCAGUGACAUGCUGCAGGUCCGCAAGGUGAUGGAGCACGUCUACGAGAAGAUCAUCAACCUGGACAACGAGUCGCAGACCACCAGCUCCACGGCCAAUGAGAAGCCAGGGGAGCAGGAGAAGGAGGAGGAGGUGGCCGUGUUGGCCGAGGAGAAGAUCGAGCUGCUGUGUCAGGACCAGGUCCUGGAUCCCAACAUGGACCUGCGGACGGUGAAGCACUUCAUCUGGAAGAGCGGGGGAGACCUCACUCUGCACUACAGACAGAAGUCCACGUGAGCCCCCGGGGGGGGGCGGGAGUCUCGCCGCCUCGCCCGUGUCAUCCCCCCCCCCCCGACUCCUGCCUGGACUUCAGACCUCAUCGAUCCGGCGUAGUGGCGUAGAGGGCCCACCGAUACCCUGCGUUUAGCUGCUCCUCCUCCUGCCUGCAGGAGCACCCCAACCUGCACACUGUCCCGGAGAGCCGGCGCGACCCGCGGCCCCGGAGCGUUGGGCCCCGGAGUGUUGGGCCCCGUCGCCGGCGAGAGGAACACGAGGAGAGGGCAGUCCCAAGCCGCGCACAGCGGGUGGAAUCAAUCAGACGCAGCAUCCAAGGCCACUGACCCUUUGUGUCCCACUUCUUCUCCUUUACACUUCUAAUUUAAGACCUUUUACCUUCACUGUUAUUGUUUCUUGGUGGGGGGGGGGGGGGGGUUUGGGGGGACGGUGCCAUUUUGCUAUAUGGCAUGUCGGGUGUUCGUAUGCAUCGAUGUUCAUUUAGUGACUUGAAAGGUAAAUCUGCACGUGCUGCAUUUCUCCCCAUCACCCCCCGUACAUUGGUACAUUCCAGAAACGAGCCCCAUGUCCAGGGACACAUUACCGCCAUAUUUUCUAUUUCGGUGCUUGUAAACACUAUGAGGAGAGUGUGGACAUUGAGACAGUGGAACACAUUUUCGGUCAAGUACAUUUUGUAAGGAUAUUCUAUAACCUGACACAUACGCUUACGAUUCACUUGGUUGGCUGUUGAUCAUAAAGGCGUCUAGGCAAUGUUCUUAUUGUGCAAAAGCACUGGAAAUAUGUAGAUUGUAAAAUUCAGAGAGCUUAUCUUUUUUUUUUUUUUACUUGGGAGAUAUUUCUUUAAACCCCGGCAGAUCUUCCUCGCCUAAGCUGUGGUCAUCUUGUGGUAGACGGGUGUGGUUUUCGUUCGCAUUCUUUUUGUAAAUUAUAUGAACAGCACCACUUUGUAGGCCAUUUGUUGAAUUUGCAUUUAAGUUAUUUACCUUCAGCAUGGUCUUUUUUUUGUAGUCCCUUUUUUUAAAGGAAUAAUAACUGGGUAAAUGUUUUACAAUAAGUUUGUGGAAAUGGUGCAUUUCUCUUAAUCUUAGCAUGGCAGAUCAUUUCCUUUACACACAGGAGUGCCAGCCACUGACCUAUUUAGUUCAUUGGUGCCAGCCCUCGGAAACUCUAGAAAGUUCUGUGUGCAGUGAAUCCUCUAAGGAAGAAACUGCCAAUUAUCAACUAAACCAACCAUCGCAUUGUAGCUCUGUCCCAUUUUUAAAGUUCAUAUGCAAAACAACUUCAGCUGUGAUCUGUGGAUUGUCAUGCAAUAGAAUGACUAUGGCGUUUGAAUGUGCAGUGUUACAGGCUAGUUCAGCAGAAGGCAAGUCUGUUCCUGGAAAUCCACAUUUUAUUUUUUGAAAAGGAACGAUUGAAAUACCGUAGUGUAAAUCAUUUGGUACGUUUGUCAUACAGGUGACUACGUUUAAAAAUCUGUACAGUAUUUUAGAGCCUCAGAGAAUCUUGGGGUUCAGUUUAUCAGGAUUUAUAAGCACUGUUUGUAGAUCCUGGCAACUGUAUUAUAUUUCAUCUUACUCUUUAAUUUGGCCCAAAAACAAACUUUUAAAGGAAGCUUAGUUGUUGUACAAGCUGUAAAUGAAGUAAAACUUGAUGGGGAAUACACAGACACCAUAUCCUAAACAGCCCUUGUAAUAUACAUCACCUCCCUGUUGGUUGUAACUAUAUGUAGUAUAUUUUGGUUUAAUAACUGCUUAAUAAAUUGACCGAUGUAAAAUAACUGAAUAAAUUAUUCUCUCAAUUGUAAA